UUUUAUAACAUAAGAACAUCUAAUUGGAUAUUAAAUAGAACUUAAUAUGGAGAAAUUAAAAGAGAAAUUAAGUUUAUUACGUGUUGAAGCAGAGGAAGCAAAUGGACGAGCAGAUGAAGCAGCGGCACGAAUAAGACAAUUAGAAUAUGAAUUAUCAUUGAAGGAACAGGAAUGUAUGAGUUUAACGCAUAAAAAUGAACUUUUGGAAAAAGAGAUUGAACGAUUGGAAGUGCAAUUAACGGAAGUAAAAACGGCGGCAGAAGAAGAAUCAGGAUGUCGUAAUAUAAGUGAAACACUUCAAAAAAAAAUUCAACUUCUUGAGGAGGAACUUGAGUUAAAUGAUUUAAAUCUUCGAAAAACAACCGAUGCAUUACGACAAAUGGAUGUUAAAACAGAACAUUAUGAACGUAAAAUAUUAGUAUUGGAAAAAGAACGUGACGAAAUCGAGGCAAAAUAUGAAGAAAUGAGUAGAAAAUAUGAACUCGUCAAAGCAGAGUUAAAUGAAGUUAAUCAACAACUUGAAAGUCUUUAAUAUUGCAUAUCUCUGUUUUUUUUUUACAUGGAUAUAAAAAACUU